AACAGGAAUUGGAAUCUUCUAAGAGACAGUCUUUGAGCAUUCUCGGCCUUAGUUCCAUCCUGAAACACUUUCUGGCUCAGGUACGCAGCUGACCUUGAAAAACACUGAACUGACGAUAAGAAAGUGUCUUAAGCAAAAAGAAAAUAUCGUCGACGAGGUAAGUGGGCUAGUGAAAUGCUUAGGAGUGUUAAGAUGUAUUUAUGUGUGGCUGAUGUGAGUUUAUGGAAAGAGAGACGCAGCUUCUUGAUGAAGAUCUCAAGAUUAUAACAGGCUGAGAGAAAGAAAGGAACAGAGUUUUUUUGCUUAAUAUAAUUAAUUAAGUUAGUUGGUAGAGAAUAAGACAAAAGAUGUGGGACCUAGGAUGUUUCGCUCUACGUGUAGCAAGAUUUGGAGCUUCUGCUUAUGUGCUUGUUAGUUUAUCAUUUUUUAAUCGAAACUCAAAAGGUUUGUUGGAGCGUUGCUAUAUCCUUAGUUCAUGUGUCUAGUCACAAGGUACAGUGACCUUGCGAUGUCUAUUGUAGUCGGUACUGCUAAAGAAAAGUUACUUAUUGUUAUUAAAAACUUAUCACAAUUGUGAAAAUGAGGUUGUGUGUUCUUUAAUUUUGUUGAUAAAUCUGUUAAAAAAAUUGGUUUACCUUAUUUCUCACUACAUGCUCAGUAAAUUUCUGGUUUUUGGUUCUGUGCUCAGCUAAACAGUGAAGGCCAUGUGAAUGCUCCUAUCACUCUCUGACAGGAUGCCUCGUGUUUGGGGCUAAGUGUGUGAUCAAGGCUACGUUGUUGUUUGUGCGCAGGUUCCCAUCACUGAUACCCGAAAGACUAUAGGAUAUGCAUAGGUUUUGUGGUAGUCGUGGCCAGCGAGAAGAAUAAGAUGGGCUGAUUGAAGAGAAAGAGGCUGUUGAAUCAUCGGAUGGACUAAAUGAGAUAAUUGCGUUGGACUUAACCAGUCUGUCUUCAAAGGUGACGCCGAACGAUUACUGGUGAAAAGUCCGUCCAAUCUUACAUGAACUGAAGAUCAUAUACUUUGACAUAUUGCAUAUAUGACCAAGAAAAGAACCGUGGACUGCUUGUAUCCGUCAGAUGAACACGUUUAUUGCGCAUGGUGAAACGUGGCGACUCGCAGUUGCAUUUAUGAAAUGUAUAUUGGUCCAGGUUUAGCUCUUGAUACGUUUGCAAUGAAUUCCAAUUUAAACACUUUAGAUUCUUGUUCUUUCCGCUUAUGAAAGCCGCUUUGCGUGUAUUUUCAUGCGAGUAAGUGUCUCGUCUUAUCUACUUCUACGAGGCUUCUCAACCAAGAAGGGGACUAAAGCAACAGAGAGAUUCUCAGAUAAAAUUUGUUUUUUGCUAUUGGAGAGCGAUGCGACAUGGCUGGCGAAUCUGUCAGAGAUGAUUCGCAAAUCCGGAUGUGAAGAGCUACGAUUGAUUGAGAUAAAUAAGUACGAACUUCUUGAGAAACUCAGGUUGAUUUGUGAGAUUCCGGUUGUUGUUUUGGGUGCAUGUGUGAAAGACGAUUCCAUUGAAGAAUGUCGGCGCAGAGGUGCCGAAUUACGUCUGGCGAAGCCGCUCAUGGAACACUACUUAGAAAUUCUGUGCCAGUUUACAGUCAGGAGACUUGAUGAUGAGCUUAAGAAAAGUAACAAGAACAAUGAAGCCAGAACUGAUGAACACAGCCAAGGUAAAUACAGAAAGAAAAGAGCCGAUAGAGACACUGGAGAACAGACAGAAAAGGAUUGUUGCGUUGAUUUAGGACAACAAAAGAAGCCAAAACUCAUUUGUGCAGAUGACUUACAAAAGAAAACUUUACAAGCUGUCCCAAAUAUAGAAGAAGCCAACACUAAAAGAAAAAAACCAACAGAGAUAAAGAAAAUUGGAGAAGAUAGUGAGAAAAAGAAGCCAGAACCGGUUUGUAUGGAGGAAGAACUAGAAACGUUGUCCACUCAACCUGUUACCGAUUCUGUUGCUUAUGGGGAAUAUGAAUUCCAAGAGCGAGAUUUUCAUCCUUUGGAGAGCGUUGAGGAGUCUCAGGGGCCUCAUGAAAUCACAUUGAGUCCGCGGGAGUCCUCAAACAAGAAUGUUGCUGUUCAGCUACAAGUGCAGGCACAUGAAGCGUUAGAUGAAGAACUGAUGCAGGAUGGAAUCAGCCUCUCUGACCUCGAAUUGGAUCUGGAGGAGGGACAGGGUUCAGAUCAGGAGCAAACCUUAAGUUAUGAAGAUCCGCAUUGCUCUGCGGCUGUCUCGUGAACAAUGCUUAUGAGAUAUUCGUUUUUGAUUUUUAGUAUGUGUGGUUUCUUGAAAAUUCCAAUAAACUCCUGUGUUAGCUAGAUGUUCAAAACAUUGAUCGAGUCUCUGGAAUGACAAGUUAACGGCACAAACUAGAAACCUUUCUUC